ACCGACGCCGUCGUCGCUCGCGGGCGCCCGCGGGGAGCAGGGAGAGCCAACAUGCUGGCCCCGAGCAGAGCCGCCUUCCUCCUGUUGCACCUGGCCCUGCAGCCGUGGCUGGUUGCCGGGGCCCAGGCCACUCCCCAGGUCUUUGACCUCCUCCCAUCCGCUAGCCAGAGGCUGAACCCAGGCGCUCUGCAGCCAAUCCUGACAGACCCCACACUGACUGAGCUCUAUGUGAUCUCCACCUUCAAGCUGCAGACUAAAAAUUCAGCCACCAUCUUCGGCCUUUACUCUUCAACUGACAACAGCAAAUAUUUUGAAUUCACUGUGAUGGGACGCUUAAACAAAGCCAUCCUCCGUUACUUGAAGAAUGAUGGGAAGAUCCAUUUGGUGGUUUUCAACAACCUGCAUCUGGCUGACGGCAAGCGGCACAGGGUCCUCCUGAGACUGAGCAAUUUACAGCGAGGGGCUGGCUCUGUAGAGCUCUAUGUGGACUGCACCCAAGUGGAUUCUGUUCACAAUCUCCCCAGAGCCUUUUCUGGCCUCUCCCAAAGUCCUGAGUCCAUUGAAUUGAGGACUUUCCAGAGGAGGGCACAGGACUUCUUGGAAGAGCUGAAGCUGGUGAUGAGAGGUUCGCUGUUACAGGUGGCCAGCCUGCAAGACUGCUUCCUGCAGCAGAGUGAGCCACUGGCCACCACAAGCACAGGAGACUUUAAUCGGCAAUUCUUGGGGCAAAUGACACAACUAAACCAGCUACUGGGAGAGGUGAAGGAUCUUCUGAGACAGCAGGUUAAAGAAACAACAUUUUUGCGAAACACGGUAGCCGAAUGCCAGGCUUGUGGUCCUCUCAGUUUUCAGUCUCCAACCCCAAACACACUGGUGCCUCUGACACGCCCUGCACCCCCGGCACCCCCAGCACCCCCAGUGCGCCAGUGUGACUCCAACCCGUGUUUCCGUGGAGUCCGAUGUACCAACACCAGAGAUGGCUUUCAGUGUGGGCCCUGCCCCGAGGGCUACACAGGAAAUGGGAUCACCUGUUCUGAUGUUGAUGAGUGCAAAUACCACCCCUGCUACCCGGGCGUGCGCUGUGUGAACUUGGCUCCCGGCUUCAGAUGUGAUGCCUGCCCAGUGGGUUUCACAGGGCCCAUAGUGCAGGGUGUUGGGGUCAGUUUUGCCAAGUCAAACAAGCAGAUCUGCACUGAUAUUGAUGAGUGUCGAAAUGGAGCCUGCGUUCUCAAUUCUAUCUGCGUUAACACCUUGGGAUCUUAUCGCUGUGGGCCUUGUAAACCCGGGUACACUGGUGAUCAGACAAGGGGAUGCAAAACUGAAAGAAACUGCAGAAAUCCAGAACUGAAUCCUUGCAGUGUGAACGCACAGUGCAUAGAAGAGAGGCAGGGGGAUGUGACGUGCGUGUGCGGAGUCGGAUGGGCUGGUGAUGGCUACAUCUGCGGAAAGGAUGUGGACAUUGACAGUUACCCCGAUGAAGAACUGCCGUGCUCUGCCAGGAACUGCAAGAAGGACAACUGCAAGUAUGUGCCAAAUUCUGGCCAAGAAGAUGCAGACGGAAAUGGCAUUGGCGAUGCUUGUGAUGAGGAUGCUGACGGAGACGGCAUCCUGAAUGAGCAGGAUAACUGUAUCCUGACUCACAAUGUGGAUCAAAGGAACAGUGACAAAGACAUCUUCGGGGACGCCUGCGAUAAUUGCCGGGAUGUCCUAAAUAAUGACCAGAGAGACACUGAUGGGGAUGGGAAAGGAGACGCCUGUGACGAUGACAUGGAUGGGGAUGGAAUAAAAAAUAUUCUGGACAACUGCCCAAAAGUUGCCAAUCGUGACCAGCGGGACAAGGAUGGUGAUGGCGUGGGGGAUGCCUGUGACAGUUGUCCUGAUGUCAGCAACCCUAACCAGUCUGAUGUGGAUAACGAUCUGGUUGGAGACUCCUGUGACACCAAUCAGGACAGUGAUGGAGACGGGCACCAGGACAGUACAGACAACUGCCCCACCGUCAUUAACAGUGCCCAGCUGGACACCGAUAAGGAUGGAAUUGGUGACGAGUGUGAUGACGACGAUGACAAUGAUGGCAUUCCAGACCUGGUGCCCCCUGGACCAGACAACUGCCGGCUGGUCCCCAACCCAGCCCAGGAGGAUAGCAACCGUGAUGGCGUGGGAGACAUCUGUGAGUCAGACUUUGACCAGGACCAGGUCAUUGAUCGGAUUGACGUCUGCCCGGAGAAUGCUGAGGUCACGCUGACCGACUUCAGGGCCUACCAGACCGUAGUCCUAGACCCUGAAGGGGACGCCCAGAUUGACCCCAAUUGGGUGGUCCUGAACCAGGGCAUGGAGAUUGUGCAGACCAUGAACAGCGACCCCGGCCUCGCAGUCGGAUACACGGCUUUUAAUGGAGUUGACUUCGAAGGGACCUUCCACGUAAAUACCCAAACAGAUGAUGACUAUGCCGGCUUUAUCUUUGGUUACCAAGAUAGCUCCAGCUUCUACGUGGUCAUGUGGAAGCAGACGGAGCAGACAUACUGGCAAGCCACCCCGUUCAGAGCUGUUGCAGAACCUGGCAUUCAGCUUAAGGCUGUUAAGUCUAAGACAGGUCCAGGAGAGCAUCUCCGAAACUCCCUGUGGCACACUGGGGACACCAGCGACCAGGUCAGGCUGCUGUGGAAGGACUCCAGGAAUGUGGGCUGGAAAGACAAGGUGUCCUAUCGCUGGUUCCUGCAGCACAGGCCCCAGGUGGGCUACAUCAGAGUACGAUUUUAUGAAGGCUCUGAGUUGGUGGCCGACUCCGGAGUCACCAUAGACACCACCAUGCGUGGAGGCCGGCUUGGUGUGUUCUGCUUCUCCCAAGAAAACAUCAUUUGGUCCAACCUCAAGUAUCGCUGCAAUGACACCAUCCCAGAGGAUUUUCAAGAGUUUCAAACCCAGAAUUUCGAUCGCCUGGAUAAUUAAACCCAAGAAGCAAUUAGUAACUGCUUUUCCAAACACUAAAGCCAUAUAUUUUUAACUUCCUACAACUCUAUAUACACUGUGGCUUUCUUUUGCCCGCCCAAAUAUAUCAAACUUUUUAUAUGACUAUGGCAAUAAAGAAGAGAUCAUUU